AUGAUGGAAUAGGAAAUUUUUAAAUUAAUUCAAAUUCCUAUCCCAAUAUCGAAACAAACAGUUUUGCUUGAUACGAAUUACAUUCUCGACGAAUAGCAGAAGGUGAUUUUGGUGAACAUAAAAUCAGGAUAAAAGUGGGAAAUCGAUUACUAGAUCAGAUUAGAUUAGAUAACUGGAAUAUCGAAAUACAGGGAGAACACUUAUUAUUUGGUUGAGCAGUUCUAGAAUGCAGUUCAAAUUUACCGGAUGAUUAUAACGAGUAAAGAAGUUGUGGUGAAGUUGAUGUACAAGACUGAGAUGCAGCGAUUUUGUUAUCAAUUGAAUGAUCUGAAAGAUAGGAGAAUGCAGUAGCAUAAGGCCAGAAUUAAAUCGGGGUACUUUAAGUAUUCGGAAGUGUAUGUUUCGUUGUAUAAUUGUGGAUUGCUGUCGGCAAUGCAAAAUUUGACAAAAUGUAAGAAUCAAGAUUGUGGUUUUGUGAACGAUUAUUUUGUAAAGGCGACUAAGGAUCUAAUUGAGAUAUCGAAGGAGAACUCAUUAUUGAGUCUUGAUGAGUUGGUUGAAUAGGAGGAAGGAAAGGUGUUAUAAAGGAUCCAGUUGCCUAAUUAAUGUACUUAAGUGAGAAAUGGGUUGUUGAAGGUUGGGGAAUAACUUUUUCAACUAUAAUGA